GAAAAUUCUAUAAUGGCGGAAGUCGUCAUGUUGUUGCCUGGUGUUCGCAGAAAGAUGUCAUGUGACUCUCCUUAACGCGAGCAGAAACAUUAUAGAGUUCAGACAACAGGAUUUAUUUUAAACUUCUAUAUUUUAGAGGUCUGUACAAGCGGAAGUGAGCUCGAGCUGCAAUGGGGUGUUGUUACAGCAGUGAGAGUGAAACACCAGAGCAGGAUGGAGACGAGCGCAAGCCACUGAUCCCGCACCCAAACCCAGACAGCAAACCACCAAACGGGACAGAGCGGAACCCGGCCAACAUCUCGUCCACCCGCACAGACGAGCAGGCUCUGCUGUCAAUCAUCAACAAGACCGCACAGAACAUUAUUGAUGUAUCCGCUGCAGACUCACAGGGAAUGGAGCAACAUGAGUACAUGGACAAAGCCAGGCAAUACAGCACGAAGCUGGCGUUGUUGAGCAGUACUCUGAGUCAGAAGAAGCCGCCUCCUCUGCCCUCCCUCACCUCCCAACCUCACCAAGUACUCGCCAGUGACCUAGUGCCCAACUCUGACAUCCAGCAGGUGUGUAAGGUGGCGGCAUACGCCUACAGUGCCAUCUCACAGAUCAAGGUGGACGCAAAAGAAGAGCUGGUGGUGCAGUUUGCUAUCCCAUGAUCCUCCUCUCCCUUGACCUCUUCCCACCCUCCCAAACUCUUUCCUCAUGCCCCUCUUUUUUAGCUAACUACUCAAACAGAGAUGUUAAGCUCCGCCUCUCGCUCGUCCCUCAUUCAAUCUGACACACCUCCUUUGAACGCCGAAAGCUAGUUUGGUUCUCAAUCAUCCCAACAGAUGUUUAGCAUUAAUGCUAAAGGCCAACAGUGACACCUUUGCAUUCCAGUGUGUCAGGGUUUAUUGCAGUUAGAACCGUGAUUUUUCCCUCCGUCAUGAUGACGGCUCUAUCCGAGUCUUCGUUCCUCUCGACACUUUGUGCACGAAUGCUGAAAGCUGGAGAACAAAUCCGUGCCGUCAUUUUGUUCCAGACUCUUUGUAUAUAAAAUGCCGAUGCUCUAAACAUAAUCCUCAGCUGUAUCGCCUUGUCCAAUCAGAUGCAUCCCUAAAGCUAAAGGUUUAACAUUUAAUAUCCCAGCUGUGAUCCACAGCUGCUUCUCCAUCAACUAUGUCAAUAAACCCACUAAAGGUCUAAAGCACCGACGGUUUGUUUGUUCCUGUGUUGUUACGGUUGCCGUUCGAGCGUAUUUUCUUUCCUGAAAAGCCGAACUCUAUUUAUUUUGUAUAACUGAUGUCCUUUCCUUGGCUUUAGUGCUUUUUUAUUUUUUUUUAUUUAGUUCACCUCCCAGUUUUCACGCACAUCCCCUGCCACAUGACAUCGACGAACCAGAGAAGGCAAAGGAUAAUGCGAGCAUCACACACACGCACAAAAGUGCAGUUCACUCUCUCUUUUGUGUACUUGAGCUCACAGACACCCCCUGAUUGUCUGGUGUCAGGUGAGAUCGGGAUUCGACCUUGUGAGCUCCUAAUAAUAUGCUAAACUAUUUUCUGUUGCUGCUCAGGAACUUUUUACAGCGCCUUAGAUCAUUCUAAUCACUCCACCUUAGUUAGCAUAUUCUAAUAGUCUGUGAAUAAAAGUCGCAACCAGAGUCAGGGGUUUUGACUCCUAAACCCCAGUAAUGUGCAUUUUUGAAUAUUCAUGAGACAGAACUGAUGAUAAUUGGGCCAUGUGUUAUGGAUUUCACACGAAUGGAAAGGAGGAGCUAAGAGAGGGCGGAGUCUUUUCUGUAGCGAAUGUUAAUUAGUUCAGACAGACGGGGAAAGCUGAUUGGAUAUUGUUUUUGGAUCAUGCCUUCAUUAGCAUAUUCCAGAAGAGAACUGGAGCAGAUGGAGAUGGAGCCUUUUCUCUGAGGAUGAUUUGCCGCAAUUAUUAUUAUUAUUUUUUUUUAAAUCUUCUUUCGAGCGUUUGCCAAUUUCCUGAUGUUUAUGGGUUUAUUCUUAAUAAGUUAUAGUAAAACUCUUGAACAGCAGAGAGGAGGUGGGAGUCGUUUCCGGAGAGAGGGGGCGGGGCUGAAACUGGCUAUUUGAUCUACAUGAUUUUCGGCAUGUAUAUGCCUUUAACACGUGUGUGCGCGUGCGCGCGCGCGUGUGUGUGGAGGGAGAAGCUUUGAUCAGCCGAUAUCGCGACGCACAUGCCAAUAAUCUGAUCUAAUAUCGCGGUAAUAUUUUAUCAACUUUAUCAAUUCCUGAUAUGAUUCAGUACACGACUCCUUAUUUUUUGUACUUCUAAGUGGAAUAACGGAUAAUCACGUGAAAUUCAGUGUUGUAUCGCAUGGUAUUUUUAUUAAAGAUUACUGGCACGUGCGCAAACCCCAUGAAGUACAUCACUGACUGUUGGACUUCCUUUCCAUAAUCACAACCUGUUAGUAAUUAUUUAUUUUUUUUUUCUUUUAAUGUAUUUAUGUGGGCUGACACACAUACACAAACUUGUGUGUGUAUACACUUCACCAUGUCACGAAAGGGACUGAACACACUGUAGCAGUUGUGUGUGUGUGUGUGUGUGUGUGUGUUUGCUUUGUUGCUCUUGGCUUUCUUUUGUUCUGUUUAUGCAACUCACAGCGUUGGUUUCUGUAGCCUAGAACCAAAUUGUUUGAUUUCAAUACUGUUAAUACUUGCAUUUAUUUUGUUGUUGAAAUGAAGCAUUAAAGACUUGUAUAAAGAAA